AUGUCAGCAAGAGGGCGCAAGCGGCCGGACGUGUCUCCGGACGACGUGCUGCGCAGCAACGUGCGGCUGCUGCAGCUGGCGGGCGUGUGGCCGCCCUCGGCGCCGCGCGGGCUCGGCCGGCUGUUCCCGCUGCACGUCGCCUCCGUCUACCUCAGCCAGGUGGCCAGCAUCGCCAUGGCGCUGCAGCUCAUGUACUCGGCGCGCGGCGACAUGCACGAGAUCACGCAGGCGCUCAUGAACGCCAUGACUCUGGUCGGCGGCGUGCUCAAGCUGGCGCACCUCUCGACGCACGUGCCCGCCUACAGCCGGCUCGUCGCGGCGCUGCGUGACGUCAUCAGGAUUCAGCGGCCGCACUGCGAGAGUACCCCCAGCCUCAUGGCCGUCUUCACCGACGCCCACCGCAAGACGCUGCGACUCACCUUCUGGCCCAUCGCCUACCUUAACCUCCUGGCGUUCGGCUGGUACAUGAUACCCGUCAUCUCCUGGGCCACCGGCUCGGAAAAGAGACUCCUGCCUUUCUUCACCCUCCACGGAGUUGACUGCUACAAUUUCUUUCUAUACGUUGUCAUCUAUUUCGUGCAGUGCCACUCGAUUUUCUACUGGUGCUUCAUCAGUAUCGGGCAGGACAUGUUCUUCGUGACGGGCAUGGUUCACGUGGCCGCCCAGCUGCAGAUUCUCAACGUUCGUCUGUCGAAACUGGGCGGAGGACAGGAAACCGACAACGAAUUUGGGCGGCUCUACAGUUGUAGAGCAGAGGACUGUGGCACGUGUGAGAGGAAACCAAUGUCUGACGAGAUGUACACGGAGCUUCGAAACUGCAUCACGACGCAUCAGGAAAUUCUCAAGUAA